CCCCGGCUUCCCGUCCUGCUGCUGCGCCGCUCGCUGCCCCUUGCCGUGGCCGCUGCCUCCCCUUCCACCCGCGAUGUCCGCUCCCCGCUCCCGUCUGUGCCCUAGUGUCUCUUCCCUCAAGUCGUUGGCCUAGUUGUGGUUCCUGAUACCCUGCAGCCCCAUCGUACGUUCGGCUGGCUUAGGUGACAAACAGCAUGUUUGGUGCUUCAAGAAAGAAGUUUGUAGAGGGGGUCGACAGUGACUACCACGAUGAAAACAUGUACUACAGCCAGUCUUCAAUGUUCCCACAUCGGUCGGAAAAAGAUUUUGCAGAGAGGGAGGAAGUAAAAUGCAUCUCUGAGUCACAUUUUAAGAAAUUACAGAUGCUGGCAUCACCAUCAACAUCAGGUCAGCUGUCUCAGUUUGGGGCAAGUUUAUACGGGCAACAAAGUGCACUAGGCCUUCCAAUGAGGGGAAUGAGCAACAAUACCCCUCAGUUAAAUCGCAGCUUAUCACAAGGCACUCAGUUACCGAGCCACGUAACGCCAACAACAGGGGUACCAACAAUGUCACUUCAUACGCCUCCAUCUCCAAGCAGGGGUAUAUUGCCUAUGAAUCCUAGGAAUAUGAUGAACCACUCCCAGGUUGGUCAGGGCAUUGGAAUUCCCAGCAGGACAAACAGCAUGAGCAGUUCAGGGUUAGGCAGUCCCAACAGAAGCUCGCCUAGCAUAAUAUGUAUGCCAAAGCAGCAACCCUCUCGACAACCUUUUACUGUGAACAGUAUGUCUGGAUUUGGAAUGAACAGGAAUCAGGCAUUUGGAAUGAAUAACUCCUUAUCAAGUAACAUUUUUAAUGGAACAGAUGGAAGUGAAAAUGUGACAGGACUGGACCUUUCAGAUUUUCCAGCACUAGCAGACAGAAAUAGAAGGGAAGGAAGUGGCAAUCCAACUCCAUUAAUAAACCCAUUAGCUGGAAGGGCUCCCUAUGUCGGAAUGGUAACAAAACCAGCAAGUGAGCAAUCCCAGGACUUCUCAAUACACAAUGAAGAUUUUCCAGCAUUACCAGGCUCCAGUUACAAAGAUCCAACAUCAAGUAAUGAUGACAGCAAAUCUAAUUUGAGUACAUCAGGCAAAACAUCUUCUAGUGCAGACGGACCCAAAUUCCCUGGAGAUAAAAGUUCAACAACGCAAAACAACAACCAGCAGAAAAAAGGGAUCCAGGUGCUACCUGAUGGUCGGGUUACCAACAUUCCUCAAGGGAUGGUGACGGACCAGUUUGGAAUGAUUGGCUUGUUAACAUUCAUCAGGGCAGCAGAGACGGACCCGGGAAUGGUACAUCUUGCAUUAGGAAGUGACUUAACAACACUAGGUCUCAAUCUCAACUCUCCUGAAAAUCUCUACCCCAAAUUUGCAUCACCUUGGGCAUCUUCGCCUUGUCGACCUCAAGACAUAGACUUCCAUGUUCCAUCUGAAUACUUAACGAACAUUCACAUUAGGGAUAAGCUGGCUGCAAUAAAACUUGGCCGAUAUGGAGAAGAUCUACUGUUUUAUCUCUAUUACAUGAAUGGAGGAGAUGUAUUACAGCUAUUAGCAGCAGUAGAGCUAUUUAACCGUGAUUGGAGAUACCACAAAGAAGAACGAGUAUGGAUCACCAGGGCACCAGGCAUGGAGCCAACAAUGAAAACCAAUACAUAUGAGAGGGGAACAUAUUACUUCUUUGACUGUCUUAACUGGAGGAAAGUAGCUAAGGUCCCCAGGAGCGGACACAGCCAGGAAACUGGGGUGGAAGAUGGGAUGAAUGUGCAGGCCAGAGCCACAGUAGGGAGAAAAGGCUUUCAUGCACAUGGCCAUGGCCUUGUAGAUGCUGCUGGGAUUCUCGAGGAGUUCCAUCUGGAAUAUGACAAAUUAGAAGAAAGGCCUCAUCUGCCAUCAACCUUCAACUACAACCCUGCUCAGCAAGCCUUCUAAAGACUUCCCUUUUCUUGGGGUAUGGCUGUCUCAGCACAAUACUCAACAUAACUGCAGAACUGAUGUGGCUCAGGCAUCCUGGUUUUAAUUCCUUGAGGAUCUGGCAAUUGGCUCAUGCAAAGGGUCACCAUUUGAGGUCCUGCCUUACUAAUUAUGUGCUGCCCAACAACUAAAUUUGUAAUUUGUUUUUCUUUAGUUUGAGCAGGGUCUGAAUUUGUUUUUGUUUAUUUUAUUUUAUUUUUUGCCAGCAGACAAGCUUGGGUCUAAAGACAAGCGAAUACACUGUCAAAAGUUUACCAC